AUGAUGAGUAGAAGCGCUUAUCACGCUGGCUCUUGGUACUCUGAACAAGGACCUCGCUUAAAUAAAGAGCUUACGCAGUGGUUAGAUGAAGUUCCACCUACAACAGUAGACGGUGUUCCUAUACCUGUUCCCGGUGCUAGAGCUAUUAUUGCUCCACAUGCAGGAUAUUCAUAUAGUGGACCCGCCGCGGCAUUCGCUUAUAAAAGUAUCAAUCCCGAUUUUGUAAAACGCGUAUUCAUACUUGGACCUUCACAUCAUGUUCGAUUUUCUCAGUGCGCGCUUUCUCAAUGUCCUCAAUACGAAACUCCUUUGGGAAAUUUGAUUUUAGAUACUGAAAUUAUCGAAGAAUUGAAACAAACAGGACAUUUUGAAAUUAUGUCUCAAGAUAUUGAUGAGGAAGAACAUAGUAUUGAAAUGCACCUACCAUAUACUUAUAAAAUUUUAGAAAGUAAGAUUGAUUCCAUUAAAAUUGUUCCUGUAUUGGUGGGAUCUUUAACUGCGGACAAGGAAAUGUUUUAUGGAAAAUUAUUUGCUCCAUAUCUUGCUGAUCCAUCCAAUCUUUUCAUCAUUUCAUCUGAUUUUUGUCAUUGGGGACAUAGAUUUUCAUAUACGUAUUAUUCAGCAUCACCGGACAGUGAUGGCAUUUAUCUUUCACGUAGAUCUGAUACUUCAUUGACAACCCCUAUAUAUAAAUCCAUUGAAAAUCUUGAUAGGAAAGGAAUGGAUAUCAUCGAAAAGAUAAACCAUAAAGAAUUUACUUCGUAUCUUGCUAAGACAAAAAAUACUAUAUGUGGAAGACAUCCUAUUGGGGUACUUUUAUGCGCAAUUAAUGCAUUACCAAAUCAUAAUAAUAAUAAAAAUGAUUCAGUUGUUGACGAAUCUCAACAACCGAAGAUUCGAUUUAUACAUUAUGCACAAUCUAGCCAUGUAAAACACGAAGGAGAUAGUAGCGUUAGUUAUGCCUCAGCUUACGUUUACCUUCCUCAGAAAUAA